AUGACGCUAGUCCCAGUGCGGCUAGCGCAUGUCGGCGUGAACGAUGCUGAUGCCUCCGACCCCGCCAACACGACAAUGAGAUUGCCAGUCUGUAUCCACUUUGUACGCUACCACUCUGUCAGUCACAUACCUCCCUACAGAGCUCUUCUGGAUAGCUUCAACGGCCUGUGCUUUUCCAUUGGAAACAUCUCUCCCGCCGUCGUGUUUGUUGGCUGCUGCUUUGCACCUUGUGUCGGAUCCCCCAGCUCUCUGGUUACCCGGCCAACCCCCAGCUCUCUUUGCCAUACAAACAACCAUCACCCAUCCAUUCAUUCUAUCAUCCUGUCAGCCCUCUUUUGCUUGCUAGCCCCACCCGUUACCAUGUCGGAACCAAAAAAAUCAUCCCGAUCCAAGACCUCAAGCAAGGACUCGUCCAAAGUACACAAGCUCGCCCUCAAAGGUUCCUCUAAACUUGUCAAUGAGUUUUUCGAAUACUGCAUCAACACCAUCUUGUUCCAGCGAGGCGUCUACCCAGCCGAAGACUUCACGGCCGUCAAAAAGUAUGGCUUGACCAUGAUGGUGACGGCCGACGACCAGGUCAAGGCCUACAUCAAAAAGAUCAUGUCUCAGCUAAAGGACUGGAUGUAUGGCGGCAAAAUUUCAAAAUUGAUCAUCGUCAUCACCAGUAAAGAGACGGGCGAGCAUGUUGAGCGCUGGCAGUUCGACGUUCAGAUUUUCGGCAAACCCUCAAAAAGCAAAUCCUCCAAAAAGUCUGCAGACAGCGAGAACGCGGUACCCGAUCAGCAGGAUCCCCCAGAAGAGAAGACAGAGGCCCAGAUUCAAGCCGAAAUUCAGUCCAUCUUCCGGCAAAUCACCGCCUCCGUUACCUUUCUACCCAUGCUCGACGGCAACUGCACCUUCAAUGUGCUUGUCUAUGCCGAUGCCGACUCCGAAGUGCCGCUCGAGUGGGGCGAUAGCGACGCAAAGGAAAUCAAGAACGGCGAAAAAGUCCAAUUGAGAAGCUUCAGCACAAGCAAUCACCGUGUCGAUACCUUGGUGAGCUAUAGACUUGCCGAUUAA